AUGUUCAAAACCGAAAAUGCUCAGUCUCAUGUAAAGAAGUCUUAUUUUCGUGCAAUAUUCAACCAAGAUUUCAAUUUAGGAUUCGGUAAUCCGAGAACAGACGUUUGCUCGAAAUGCAUUGAAUUGAAUGGGAAAAUUAAAAUGGAAAACGACCAAGAAAAACAGAAAGACCUCAUGAUCGAAAAAAGAGUCCACAAGCUCAGGGCAAAAGCAUUCUUUCAACUGCUUCAGGAAAAAUCAGACGAUAUGAUCACUUUCUCAUUCGACUGUCAAAAAAAUAAUCCCCUACCCAAAGUACCUGACCAAAGCACAUACUACAGUCGCCAAAUAUAUCUCUACAAUUUUACGAUUGUUCAGGGUUCUUCUAAAGAUCACCUGAAUAAAGACACAACUUAUGCAUAUUUGUGGACAGAGAACGAAUUUUCAAAAACAUCCAACCAGAUAGCCUCUGCAGUGUACGACCGUUUAAAUAAAACUAAUUUUGAAGGGAUUAACACUGUUCGUCUUAUAGCUGAUGGAUGUGGCGGGCAGAACAAGAAUAGCAUAUUGCUAAAAGUCGUUUUAAAAGACCGAAUUUUCGGAAACAUUGAAAAAGUUCUUAAAAAACAAGAAGUAAUCAUUUGA